CCACCAAUGUACGUCCCAGCUUUACCCAACGUACUCUUUAUUGACAACCACUUACUCUCCGCUGACCAUUCCAUAAUUUGCCUUUUUUUUUUUUUUUUUUACUCAUUUUCAAAGCUAGUAUUUUACGACCCGCGGUCUCUUCCUUCAGUGCGAUUGGCUGUCAAGGCUGUCUGUCAGGACGGUCUCCAGGCAGCAGUUUAGUAGACUCUAUCCUGUGUUACCACGUCAUUGGUUUACCAAGUGCAGCAGGCGAGCCGGCUAGUAGAGUUAAAUAUCUAAUCUUAAAACUUACUGCCUUCAAACGAGCGAUUUGGUGUUUUUCCCACUUAUCUAGUUUCUUGAAAUGUGAACGUUUUUAGCUGAUUAAAUGUUUUAGAGCAUUUUGUUUUGCGUAUGCGGUAAUUUAAACAUUUAUUGUCAUAUUGCUGAGUAAAUCAGCUGAAAUUGACCAGGCCGCCAUUUUGGAUUUGGAUCCAUACAGGCUUCACCAUGGUGGACAAGAAUAUUUAUAUUGUUCAAGGGGAGAUUUGUACUGUUGUGAGUGCCAUUAAAAGAAACUCGAGAUGGAGCACCCAUACUCCCUUGGAUGAAGAACAAGAUCCACUGCUGAACAGUUUUAGCCACCUGAAGGAAGCACUCAACAAUAUUAAAGAGCUUCCUGAAAUGGAGCCCAACGUGUUCCUGCGGCCCUUUCUGGAGGUGAUCCGAAGUGAAGACACUACAGGACCCAUCACCGGCCUUGCUCUGACCUCGGUCAACAAGUUCCUGUCACACGGACUCAUAGACUCCAGUCACGAUGGUGCAGCAGAGGGGAUUGAAAGCAUGGCUGAUGCUGUCACUCAUGCUCGUUUUGUGGGGACAGACCCAGCCAGUGAUGAGGUUGUCCUCAUGAAAAUCUUGCAGGUAUUGAGAACCCUGCUUCUCACUCCUGUGGGAGCCCACCUCACCAAUGAAUCUGUCUGUGAGAUUAUGCAGUCCUGCUUCCGGAUAUGCUUUGAAAUGAGGCUCAGUGACUUAUUGAGGAAAUCUGCAGAGCACACUCUGGUAGACAUGGUGCAGCUGCUUUUCUCGAGGUUGCCACAGUUCAAAGAGGAAGGCAAAAGCUUUGUUGGAACCAAUAUGAAGAAGGCUUACAAUAUCUUGUGGAAAAACAAACGAGUGCAGUUGAAGAUGAGGGCCGGUGGGAUGAGCGACUCCUCUAAGUGGAAAAAGCAGAAGCGCUCCCCCCGCCCCACUCGACACGGAUCCCACACCGGCUCGAUCUCUGGGGAGCAGCUGGGCCAGAACAUGGGCAGCAACAACCUGUCGGGUGCAGUCCCCUUCAUUGAACAGUCCACUCCAGGCAUGUACACGUUCCACCCCAGCUCUGACAGCGGCCCCUCUUCCAUCUCCAGCCCCACCACUGACAGUGGCCUGGAGAUCUCUUCCAAGACCACCUCCAAGGAGGACCUGACAGACCUGGACCAGGGGAGCUCCACAGGCACCACCCCGGCCACCAGCCCCUCCGGGGAGCAGGGCAGCAGCAAGAGGAGUGAGACAUGCCAGCCAGAGGCUCAGAAUGAAGGUCCCAGGGUUGAGAGAACCCAGUCUGCCUCGGUGGAGUCCAUUCCUGAGGUGCUGGAGGACCGAGACUCACUGGCCGAUCAGUCGGAUGCUGCCUCAGUACACGACAUGGACUAUGUGAAUCCACGGGGAGUGAGGUUUACCCAGUCCACUCAGAAGGAAGGUGCUGCCCUGGUUCCGUAUGGCCUUCCCUGUAUCCGGGAGCUGUUCCGUUUCCUCAUCUCUCUCACCAACCCUCAUGACCGGCACAACUCUGAGGUGAUGAUCCACAUGGGACUGCAGCUGCUGACUGUGGGUCUGGAAUCCGCUCAGAUCUCCAACUACCAGUCCCUCCUCGGCCUGGUCAAGGAUGAGCUCUGCCGGCACCUCUUCCAGCUUCUGAGUGUGGAGCGUCUAAAUCUUUAUGCAGCUUCCCUCAGGGUGUGGUUCCUCUUACUGGAAAGCAUGAGAGGACAUCUAAAGUUUCAGCUUGAGUUGUAUUUAAAAAAACUGAUGGACAUAAUCCCCUCUGAAAAUCCCAAGCUGCCUUAUGAAAUGAAGGAGAUGGCCCUGGAGGCCCUAGUGCAGCUCUGGAGGAUCCCUGGCUUCGUCACUGAGCUCUACAUCAACUACGACUGUGACUACUACUGCUCCAGCAUGUUCCAGGAGCUCACCAAGCUGCUGUCCAAGAAUGCAUUUCCAGUCUCCGGGCAGCUCUACACCACCCAUCUUCUGUCACUAGAAGCUUUGUUAACUGUGAUUGACAGCACUGAGGCGCAUUGCCAGGCUAAAGUCUUGAACAACACAGUCCAGCAGGAGAAAACAGACACGGCCAAAUCUGCCAUGGAUAGUACUGCAAGCAGCACAGACAGGUCCAAUGGUAGUGAAGGGAUGUCGGGUGGUGGCAAGGUGCAGGGGGUUUCAGGAGCAGCGAUGCUGGCACCUCAGCCUCCCACCAGUGGGCACCUAAUGGCUGAUAAAAUGAAGCUGGGAAGACAGAGUCAAGAAGACGGUGAUUCAGCUGAGAAAAAGGCUCCUAAGAAACCCCACCGGUUCUCAUCCUGCUUACCGGACGCUCAGGAGCUUUCAGACAUCAAAAACAAAAAGAAGCUCUUGAUUGCAGGCACAGAGCAGUUCAACCAGAAGCCUAAGAAAGGGAUCCAGUUCCUUCAGGAGAAAGGACUGCUCAGCAGCCCCAUGGACAACAAUGAGGUGGCUCGGUGGCUGCGAGAGAACCCCCGUCUGGAUAAGAAAAUGAUCGGAGAGUUUGUGAGCGACCGCAAAAACAUGGAGCUUCUGGACAGCUUUGUCGGGACCUUCAUGUUCCAAGGCCUAAGAAUCGAUGAAGCCUUGCGCUUGUAUCUAGAAGCCUUCAGGCUCCCUGGGGAAGCCCCUGUCAUCCAAAGGCUGCUUGAAACCUUUACUGACAACUGGCAUAAAGUGAAUGGAUCUCCUUUUGAAACCAACGACGCCGGGUUUGCUCUGGCCUACGCUGUGAUCAUGCUCAACACUGACCAGCACAACCACAAUGUGCGCAAGCAGAGUGUGCCAAUGACACUGGAGCAAUUUAAAAAGAACCUGAAGGGUGUUAACGGGACGAAAGACUUUGAUCAGGAUAUGUUGGAAGACAUCUACAAUGCCAUCAAGACUGACGAGAUUGUGAUGCCAGAGGAACAGACCGGCCUGGUGAAGGAAAAUUACAUGUGGAGUGUGCUGCUGCACCGUGGAGCCAACUCCGAGGGGGACUUCCUCCACCUGCCGGCAGGCAGCUAUGACCACGACCUGUUCACCAUGACCUGGGGCCCCACCAUUGCUGCGCUCUCCUACGUCUUCGACAAGAGCAUGGACGAGACCAUCAUCCAGAAAGCAAUCUCUGGGUUCAGGAAAUGCGCGAUGAUCUCUGCCCACUACGGAAUGAGUGACGUGUUUGACAAUUUAAUAAUUUCCCUCUGCAAGUUUACGACACUCAGCAGUGAGUCUGUUGAGACCCUGCCCACUGUCUUUGGAAGCAACGCCAAGGCUCAGGUUGCUGCCAAGGCCAUGUUUAAUUUGUCCCAUCGCCAUGGCGACAUCUUGCGGGAAGGCUGGAAGAACAUCAUGGACUCCAUGCUGCAGCUGUUCCGUGCUGAGCUGCUCCCUAAAGCCAUGGUAGAGGUUGAGGACUUUGUGGAACCCAAUGGAAAAAUCUCACUGCAGCGUGAAGAAACUCCUUCAAAUCGAGGUGAGUCUGCAGUGUUGAGUUUUGUGAGCUGGCUCACUCUGAGUGGUACUGAGCAGUCUGGACAAAGGGGCCCGUCCACUGAGAACCAGGAGGCGAAACAAGCAGCUGUCGACUGUAUAAAGCAUUGUGAUCCUGAGAAACUGAUAACAGAGAGUAAAUUCCUUCAGCUGGAAUCACUACAGGAACUAAUGAAGGCACUGAUCUCUGUGACCCCGGAUGAGGAAACCUACGAUGAGGAGGAUGCUGCUUUCUGUCUGGAGAUGCUGCUCCGAAUUGUGCUGGAGAACAGGGACCGUGUUUCCUGUGUGUGGCAGACGGUCCGGGAUCACCUGUGUCAUCUGUGCGUCCACGCCACCGAGAACUGCUUCCUCGUGGAGCGGGCUGUGGUGGGGCUGCUGAGGCUGGCAAUACGCCUGCUGCGAAGGGAAGACAUCAGCUCACAGGUCCUCCUCUCCCUCAGGCUGCUGCUCAUGAUGAAGCCGAACGUCUUGUCCCGAGUAAGCAGGGAUGUUUCCUACGGGCUCCAUGAACUCCUGAAGACCAACGCGGCCAACAUCCACUCCAGUGAUGACUGGUACACCCUCUUCUCCCUGCUAGAGUGCAUUGGGGCCGGCGUGAAACCCCCGCCCUCCCUGCAAGCCACCACAGGACCAGAUAAUGACACAGGUGCUCAGUCAGACAGUGAGCUCUCCUCCUCCCACCCCAGUCAGGUCAGCCUGGACCGGGGCUACACCUCAGACUCUGAGAUCUACGCGGAGCACGGGAAGCAGUCCAGGAUGCACCGCUCCGUCACUGAUGUGGACGUGGCUAGCAGCGGCUGGUUAGUGGUUGGAAGGGAUGAUAUCGACUGCAGCAAGCCCAGCACUGCUCCCAUUAACCAGUACAGCCUGACUCUGGGGCAGGACCUGGGGCUGCACGACACCAAGUCCCUCAUCAAGUGCGUCGAGUCCCUGUCCUUCAUCGUGAGGGACGCUGCACACGUCACACCGGAGAACUUCCAGCUGUGCGUCAGAACCAUCCGCGUCUUUGUAGAGGCCAGCCUCAAUGGAGGCUAUAAAGCCCAUGAAAAGAGAUCCAAGAGCCACAAGCAUGAGCCGAAGUCGACGCGGUUCCGGCGGAAGCCGAGGGAGAAGGAAGGGGGGCCUGUUCGGAGGGCGAAGGUGUCGAGCCAGCGGCUAUCACACUCACACAGUGACGAUGAGGAGGACGAGGGUGUCCCUGCCAGCUACCACACGGUGUCAUUACAGGUUAGUCAAGAUCUGCUCGAUCUGAUGCACACGUUGCACACGCGUGCCGCCAGCAUCUACAGCUCCUGGGCGGAGGAGCAGUGCCACCUAGAGGCAGCCAGCAGGAAGAUCGAGGCGGACUCCAGAACACUGUGGUCAAACUGCUGGUGCCCUUUACUGCAAGGUAUCGCCUGGCUGUGUUGUGAUGCCAGGCGGCAGGUGAGAAUGCAGGCUCUGACCUACUUGCAGAGGGCGCUGUUGGUUCAUGAUCUUCAAACACUGGAUGCCCUGGAGUGGGAGUCCUGCUUCAACAAGGUGCUGUUCCCCUUGCUGACCAAACUGUUAGAGAGCAUCAGCCCUGCUGACGUGGGGGGCAUGGAGGAGACCAGAAUGAGAGCCUGCACACUGCUGUCAAAGGUUUUCCUUCAGCACCUGUCUCCCUUGUUAUCUCUGCCCACCUUCGCUGCACUGUGGCUCACAAUCCUGGACUUCAUGGACAAGUACAUGCAUGCCGGCUCCAGCGACCUGCUGUUGGAGGCAAUUCCCGAGUCCCUGAAGAACAUGCUGCUGGUGAUGGACACGGCAGGGAUUUUCCACAGCGCCGAUUCCCGCACAGGCUAUUCCGAUCUCUGGGAGAUCACCUGGGAACGGAUCGACUGCUUCCUGCCAAGACUGAGAGAAGAGCUCUUCAAGCAGACCAUAAUCCCAGAGCCUGCAGUGCCAGCAGAGCCCUCGCAGCCCCCAUACAGUGCCCCUGCAUUGCCAGCCAAGCCUGAGGAGCCCAUCCAGCCCAGUGCCAACGAGACUGAUAAAGCACAGUCCAUGGUGCAGCCCAGUGUUCCUCCUCCUCCUCCUCCCGUCUCUACCCCAAUGAAGAGGAGUCCUGUGGAAGUGUCUCCAGCUAUGAGCCAGUCCCCCCUGAUCCUGCAGCCCCUGGCCUCCCCCCUGCAGGUGGGGCACCCCCCCAUGUCUCUGCCCAUCAUCCUGAACCCCGCACUAAUCGAAGCCACCUCCCCUGUCCCCCUGCUCUCCACCCCGCGGGAUCCCAACUCCGAGGUCAAAUAGAGCAGAGUCCUUCACAGCAUGCAGUCUGUCAGCUUCAAAUAGAGCAGUCCUUCACAACAUGCAGUCUAUCAGCUUCAAAUAGAGCAGUCCUUCACAACAUGCAGUCUGUCGGCUUCAAAUAGAGCAGAGUCCUUCAGCAACAUACAUUCUGUGAGCUUUAAAUAGAGCAGAGCCCUUCAGCAACAUCAGUUAAUUUGUCAAUGUCAGUUCAUUUGAAACCCAAGUCCCGUACACCCAGGAGGAAACAAUUGAAUAACAUUGGCAAUGAAGUCUUAACAAUUCAACUAGCCAGGUCAAGUGUAAUGAUCCUGUAAAAAUGAACUUAUUAAUUUGUGUCAAAGCUCUUGGCAAUUAAAAGGGCUAGGUUUGCAUGUGAAUCAAAGGAGUCUCGUAGCUGAAAUGAACCUGCAGCGAUGCCCAAAAGUUUUGCAUAAUCUAGAAUUUUAGGAUUGAGACAAUUCAAAUAAAUAAAUGUAUGAACAUAAUUUAGAUCAUUUAUGUAACAUCAUGCAAUCAAAAACUACAAAAUGAAAUCGCGAAAGUCAUAAUAGUAUUACAGUAUUUCAUGUUAGAUUUGGAAAUGUGACAUUUGCCACAUUUGUGACAUACCGCUUUGUAGUUUUGGAAAACUACAAAGCGGUAUGUAAUUCAAUGUUAACGUAACAUUCAGCAGGUUUCAUUCAAUUUUAUGAAGCAAAAUUAGUUAGUUCUAUAGGAUGAUGCUAAACUUUUGGCCACAGCUAUACUAUUUAUGUUCUUGUAAAGAUGUGUCGGUUAUCUUUAAGGGGCUUACCUUUCAAUUCAAACAAAAUGUAUAUUCAAAUAUUUCAACUGAUUUCUGUAUAGGAAACUUUAGUCUGUUUGGUAUUUCAGAUAAUUACAUGGUAUGUACAGAACCCCAUGUCAUAAUUUUUAUGUAUUUUUUUUGGGGGGGGGGUCAAAUUGUUUAAAAACGAUAAUAUAUAAUUCUAAACAUCUGACAGUGGUGAUUCUUGGCAGGGAAGUAAUGUUUUCAGAAUCUAGUCAGCUUAUAAUGUGGUUUCAGUAUUGAUAUAUUCUGAUUAGUUAAGGAGAACUGUUUUUUCCAGCUUGUCUUUUUUUGUUAUUGUUUCUUUAAUACAGUACAGUAUUCCUGUUACACAACUGAUGUAAAAGUGAGCAUGUCCAGUGAGUCACAGAGAGUACAUUACUUCGCAUUCUAGGUAAAUUGUGGCCAUUUACUGUAAAUAAUAAAAUCCAUACAUAUGUAAACAGACCUAGUAUGCAAAAGGAUCCUAUUCAUCAUUAAAAGAAACCAAAAUGCACACCUGACACUAUAUUCAUCACAGAUUACCAUCAUUUUGAUUAUCGUCUGAGAUCUUUUUGCACAAACCAGUAAAAACGCAGUGCAAUGAACUUCAUGUACUCGUUUAUUUUAAUUCCACUCGUUUCUGGUGAUGCUAAGAACAUUCCUUCAUGACUUCAUGCCUGCUGACGAGCAAUCGCAGUCCUCCCUGUGUGCGUGUGAGUGUGAACUGGCUCCAGUCAGUGCUGUUAUAGACUAUUUGUUCAUCUGUAGCUCAGUGCAGUUUCUGGUACAUGUUUCUUAUUAUUUUAUAUAAUGGCUCCAAGCCUUUGAUUGUGGCUCUUCCUUUCUGUUAGUAAUUAGAAAACAUGAGAAGUGAUUUCAGUAGAACACCUUCAUGUAUUAGUGUCUUGAAAAGAAUGUUAAAAUGUUGAUAUAAAUGUAUACCCCCCCCCCUUGUACUCGCGGUUGUUGUUUCAAUGCCUGCCUGUUCUCCCAAAAUUAAUUUGAGGAGUUUUGUUUGGAAACCUGCAAGAUGAUGCUUUAUUCUGUUUCUAUUCUUAAAGCAAACAUAUCGGUAUAUGUUUUUGUGGAGCGAGUUUACAGUUCCUGGUUUAUGAAGAACACAUAUUGCAAAUCACAUGGUUUACGCCACCCAGAACUGGACAAGCUUACCCACUGCCGUAUAUAAUUUGAAAAUUGGAAUCAUUUGUGUAAGUGAGUAUGGGUACCAAGCUGCAUUCUCAACAUUUUGUCAUUGGUUUGUACCUUUUUUGUAAAUUGUAUGUGCAUCACUUGAAAUGUAAUAUAUACACACGUUUGAGGUGUAAUAAGGCAGUGGAUAUUUCUCAUUUAAAUUCUAUUGGAUGUUCAAUACAGUAAUGAAUUCUGGAAAGACAGAAAACCAACAAUGAAAAUAAUGUACAUAUUAAUGAAUGGAAAAACAAAAUGUACUUUUUAUAGUAUAAUAAAUAUAUAAUGUAAAUUGA